GUUGAUUGUUUGAGCAGCCCACCCCUCUCUGCAGUAUGCAUGUUCGCCAGGGUAUCCGCGAAACGUUUACGUCCCUGCAGUUUACUUCACCGGCCAGAGACCAUCUACUGAGCCGAGGACAGGCCAAAUAAAAUUGGAUGUGGCAGGCGGACCGGAGGCGGAAAGCCCGGAGUGACCGGAGGAAUACAGUAUUACUACAGGAAUACAGGCUGCCGCUCUCCUCUGAACUGGACAAUCAUGCAUGUGCUCUUCUGGGGCUUGGGGUUGCUACUAUUCCCUUAUUUCUUGAAUGUAGUCGCAUCUACGGGGAAAUUGCUUUUGAAUUCAAGCACAGUAAAAGAGGAGAUCGGCGCUUAUGAGAUUGUUACACCGGUGCGAGUGAAUGAAGCCGGUGACAAGUUUCCAACCAGUGUGCACUUCAAGAGGAAAAGGCGAAGUUUGGACGAGAGCACCGGCAAUACUACGGAUCACUGGGCCUCGCCAAAUAUCCACUACAGGAUAUCUGCUUUCGGACAGCAUUAUCACCUCAACCUCACGCUGGAUUCGGGAUUUAUCGCACCUCUCUACACUGUGACAGUACUCGGAGUGCCGCGAGGAGAUAACAUAACGGAUUUUGCAACAGAUGGGGAGGUGGAGGAGGAGGACACGGAGUUAAGGCACUGCUUCUAUAAAGGACUUGUAAAUGCACAAGCAGAACACGCCGCGGUCAUCAGUUUAUGCUCCGGACUGCUUGGCACUUUCAGGUCUCCACAAGGGGAGUAUUUUGUGGAGCCCCUACACAGCUAUCAAGGAGAACACUAUGAAGAGGAACACACAAAACCUCAUAUUGUAUACAGGAAGAGUACACCCAAGAAACCGACAUCUGGGGAGGACUCUGCUUGUGACACUUCAGGACACAAACACAGACAUAAGAGACACAAGCUAAAGAGAAGGCCAGUGGCUGGUGUGACCACUGUGUCCAAUGCAGCCCCUGUGGUUAGCGCUGGCAUAUUCAGUGACUUGGAGUCACUGGGUGCCAGCCUGGCCAGCGAUGCUUUGCUCAGAUCAGAGAGCAUCAGUGCUAGCGCUAGACCAUCAAAUGAUAGCAGCGGUGACUCAGGACCUCACAGGAGAUCAAAGCGCUUCCUGUCCUACCCGCGCUUUGUUGAAGUCAUGCUGGUGGCCGACAGCAAAAUGGUGGAGCAUCACGGCAGCAACCUACAGCACUACAUACUCACAUUAAUGUCCAUCGUAUCUUCCAUCUACAAGGACCCCAGCAUUGGCAACCUGAUUAACAUUGUGAUUGUAAAGUUAGUCAUAAUAAACAACGAGCUGGACGGUCCAGUUAUUUCAUUUAAUGCACAGACCACUUUAAAGAACUUCUGCAUCUGGCAGCAGAGCCAGAACAUCCUGGAUGAUAACCACCAUUCCCAUCACGACACUGCCAUCCUAAUCACCAGGCAGGACAUCUGCAGAGCAAGGGAUAAGUGUGACACCUUAGGACUCGCAGAGUUGGGAACAGUGUGUGAUCCAUACAGGAGUUGCAGCAUCAGCGAGGACAAUGGACUCAGCACUGCAUUCACCAUCGCCCAUGAACUUGGUCAUGUGUUCAACAUGCCUCAUGAUGACAGUAACAAGUGUAAGGAGGAUGGAGUUAAGAUUCAGCAACAUGUGAUGGCUCCCACACUUAACUACAACACAAAUCCUUGGAUGUGGUCCAAGUGUAGCAGGAAGUACAUCACAGAGUUCCUCGACACAGGAUAUGGUGAGUGCUUGCUCGACGAGCCAGUUUCUAGGCCGUACAGUCUCUCGCAGCAGCUGCCUGGACGGAUAUACAAUGUCAAUAAACAGUGUGAAUUGAUAUUUGGGCCGGGAACGCAGGUGUGCCCUUAUAUGACUCAGUGUCGGAGGCUGUGGUGCACCAGUCCAGAGGGCGCCCAGCGGGGCUGCAGGACCCAGCACAUGCCGUGGGCAGACGGCACUGACUGCUCCCCUGGAAAGCACUGCAAACAUGGCCUGUGUAUAGCCAAAGAGCAUGACGCCACACCUGUGGAGGGGGCAUGGGGAGUUUGGAGCCCUUUCGGUACCUGUUCACGGACAUGUGGCGGGGGCAUCAAGAUCGCUGUGCGCGAGUGCAACCGACCCGUGCCCAGAAACGGAGGAAUGUAUUGUGUGGGUCGCAGAAUGAAGUUUCGGUCCUGCAAUUCUGAGCCCUGCUCCAAGCAGAAGAAGGACUUCAGGGAGGAGCAAUGUGCGGCUUUCGAUGGCAGGCACUUCAACAUCAACGGUCUACCUCCUAAUGUUCGCUGGGUGCCCAAGUACAGCGGAAUCCUAAUGAAGGAUAGGUGUAAGCUGUUCUGCAGGGUGGCAGGCAGCACGGCCUACUAUCAGCUCAGGGACAGGGUCAUUGAUGGCACGCCAUGCGGACCCGAUACCAACGACAUCUGUGUCCAGGGCCUGUGCAGGCAAGCAGGCUGUGACCAUGUAUUGAACUCUAAAGCCAGGAGGGACAAGUGUGGCGUUUGCGGAGGGGACAACUCUUCCUGCAAAACUGUGGCAGGCACUUUCAACAUUGUACGCUAUGGUUAUAAUGAAGUAGUGCGAAUACCCAGUGGUGCUACAAAUAUAGAUGUACGUCAACACAGCUACUCAGGGAAACCGGAGGAUGACAACUACCUCGCCAUAUCAAAUAGCCGUGGAGAGUUCUUGCUUAAUGGAGAGUUUGUGGUCAGCAUGUUCAAAAGGGAAAUCAAAGUAGGAAAUGCCAUCAUCGAGUACAGUGGCUCUGACCAUGUCAUUGAGAGGAUCAACUGUACUGACCGCAUCGAGGAGGAGAUCAUUGUCCAGGUGCUGUCUGUGGGGAACCUUUACAACCCAGAUGUCAGGUUCUCCUUUAACAUCCCCAUAGAAGACAAACCUCAGCAGUUCUUCUGGGAUGCCUAUGGGCCCUGGCAGGAGUGCAGCCGCCUGUGCCAAGGAGAGCGCAAGCGGAAGAUUCUGUGUAGCAGAGAGUCAGACAGGGUGGUGGUGUCAGACCAGAGAUGUCAUGGUACAGCUAGACCUGCUGUCAUCACUGAGCCCUGUAACACUGAAUGUGAACUCAGGUGGCAUGUUGCUCGUAAGAGUGAGUGCACAGCUCAGUGCGGCUUGGGAUAUCGUACCCUAGAAAUAUAUUGUGCCAAAAUCAGCCGUACAGAUGGUAAACCCCAGAAGGUUGAUGAUCGCUACUGUAGCGGUCAGCGCAAACCUGAUGACAAGGAAGGUUGCCAUGGAGACUGUAACCCAGGUGGCUGGGAGUACUCGUCAUGGUCAGAGUGCUCCAAGAGCUGUGGUGGGGGCACCCGCCGUCGAGGGGCAGUGUGUCGAAAGGCAGCCGAGGCUGGCGGUGAUGAGAGCAAAUGCAGUCAAAGGGACAAGAUGACCGUCCAACCCUGCAAUGAAUUCCUCUGUCCACAAUGGAAGACUGGCGACUGGUCUGAGUGCCUAGUGACGUGUGGUAAAGGCUAUAAGCACCGUCAGACGUGGUGUCAGUUUGGGGAGGACCGUUUAGAUGACCGCUUUUGUGGAACAUCUAAACCUGAAUCUGUGCAGACGUGCCAGCAACAGGAGUGUGCCUCUUGGCAGGUUGGACCCUGGGGACAGUGCACUACCUCGUGUGGGCCAGGCUACCAGAUGCGAGCGGUGAAGUGUGUUGUUGGCUCUUAUGGUGCUGUCAUGGAUGACACUGAAUGUAAUGCUGCCACCCGACCCACUGACACCCAGGACUGUGAACUGGCCCAGUGUCCCAGCAGCCACCCUGUUCCCCCAGGGACUAAAGUCCCCUCCCACCAGGGCCACAAAACCCAGUGGCGCUUUGGUUCCUGGACCCAGUGUAGUGCCAGCUGUGGCAAAGGGACGCGUAUGCGCUACGUGAGUUGCCGUGACAACCAGGGUGGUGUUGCAGAGGAGUCAGCGUGCGCCCACCUACCAAAACCCCCUGCCAGAGAAGUGUGCUCAGUGGUGGCCUGUGGACAGUGGAAAGUACUGGAAUGGACAGUGUGCUCAGUAACCUGUGGCCAGGGAAAGACGACACGGCAGGUACUGUGCGUCAACUUCAGUGACCAAGAAGUGAAUGCUAGUGAGUGUGACCCAGACGAUCGUCCUACCACAGAGCAGGACUGUGCUAUGUCCCAAUGCCCGUCCCGCUCCAGUGAUUCCCGACCUUUCCCGUCCUCACCAAAUGCCGGCACCAGGAACAACCUGCCCCGCAGCCAAUCCCACCAAUGGCGGACUGGACCCUGGGGCGCGUGCUCCAGCACAUGUGCAGGAGGUUUCCAGCGGCGUGUAGUAGUGUGCCAGGAUGAGAAUGGCUACCCUGCCAACAGCUGUGAGGAUCGCAGCCGGCCCAGUGAGCAACGAUCCUGUGAGUCAGGGCCAUGUCCACAGUGGAUCUACGGCAACUGGGGAGAGUGCACCAAGCCAUGUGGAGGUGGGAUAAAGACGAGGCUGGUGGUGUGUCAGCGUCCAAACGGCGAGCGUUUCAAUGAUCUGAGCUGCGAGAUCCAUGACAAGCCACCAGAUCGUGAGCAGUGCAAUACUCAGCCGUGCCCGUCUAGCCCCCACUGGAGCACAGACCCAUGGAGCUCGUGCUCUGCCUCCUGUGGAAGAGGUUUCAAGUCCCGCAAGGUGGGCUGUGUGACCGGGUCAGGCCGCCCCGUCCCAGAGGAAAAUUGCCAGCAUCUGUCCCCCAAACCCAGCAAGCAGAGGCGCUGCAGAGGUGGAAGAUGUCCUAAGUGGAAGACUGGCAACUGGGGAGAGUGCUCAGCAUCGUGUGGCGACGGCAUCCAGCGUCGGGAGGUGUUCUGCCAGGUCGGAGACCGACGGAGCCCGCAGGAGACCGGCUGCUCCCAGCGCUCCAGACCGGCGUCCAGCCGGAGCUGCCGCGUGGCCGACUGCCCCUCUCGGUACCGGUGGAGAGAAGGAGACUGGCAGACGUGCAGUAAGUCGUGUGGAGCGGGCCACCGACAACGGGCCUUGCAGUGCGUGGACCACAACCGGCAGGAGGUCCAUGAGAUGUACUGUGUGAACCAAAUCAGACCUCCAGAUAUAGAGAGCUGCAACACCCAUGCCUGUGAACUGAUCUGGAUCACAGGGGAAUGGACUGAGUGCUCAGCCAGCUGUGGUCAGGGCUACCGCCAGCGUCUGAUCUCCUGCAGCGAGGUGCAUGUGGAGAAUGACAACUAUGAGUAUGGCCAUCAGUCUUUGUCCAACUGCCCUGGGACCCCCCCUGAGAGCUACAUGCCUUGUAAUUUGGACCCGUGCCCGCCGCCACAGGAGUGGAGGGUUGGAAUCUGGGGACCGUGUUCAGCGAGCUGUGGUGAUGGUGUGAUGGAGAGGACGGUGCAGUGUGUGUCAGCAAAUGGUCAGGAAAGCAAUAGGUGUUCUCGAGACGCCAUGCCAGAGGCCAGAAAAGUCUGCAGAAAUCCAAGCUGCCAUCUACCUUCUAGCUGUCAAGAUGUCCAGAGUAUGAACGGCCCGCUCCCAGACAGCGAACACUUUCUCAACAUUCAUGGAAAAGCACUCAAGGUCUACUGUGCAGGAAUGCAGACAGAGACUCCACAGGAGUAUAUCACCUUGACGACGGGAGAAGGGGAGAAUUUUUCAGAGAUCUUUGGCUUCAGACUCAAUGACCCCACCCAGUGUCCAGCCAAUGACUCCAGAAGAGAGGAUUGUGACUGUCGGAGAGACUACACCGCCGCCGGCAUCACCAUCUUCUCCAAAGUCCGCCUGGACCUCAGCAAGAUGAACAUCAUCACUACAGAUUGGCAGUUUGCCGUCACCCGAGAAGGCAAGAGUGUUCCAUUCGCCACAGCUGGAGACUGCUACAGCGCUGCACGUUGUCCACAGGGGCGGUUCAGGAUCAACCUCUCAGGAACUGGUUUUAAGGUGGCUGAGGACACCUCGUGGAUCUCCCAGGGCAACUAUGCAGUAGCUGAUAUAAGAAAAUCACAGGAUGGCAGCAGAGUGUCAGGAAUAUGCGGAGGCUACUGUGGUAAAUGUACACCGUCCUCUGGCUCCAAUCUGCCUUUAAGAGUGGAGUAGAUGUAAUACCAUCAAACAGCAUCUAUUUCCGUUCAUCUCGGCAGUUCUCUUCAGGUCCUCAUUGUGUCAAAACAUCCCUCCUCUUUGGUGCUACAGCUAAUUCAGAGCUCAGACGCACCUUGACCUCUUUUACUCCCAUUUGUGCAUAGUGUAAAUGAAUCUGGUGUAAGUACUGUACAUAGCAGGGUAAAAAUGUCUUAUUUAUUGUACUCUUCAUUUAUUUUUGUAUUGUAAUAUAAUUUAACUGUUUUGUUGUCGAGCACCACACAGUUGCCAUGUAUACGAUUUUCACCAGAAUGUGCCUUCCAAUUUGGAUAUUUGCCAUUUGGACCUUUUCAUUCUGUCAUUACUCCACACUGCAUGUGUUACAGCCAUAUGUUCCUCUUUAGACCAGUUCAUUACGUUGGGUUUAUUCCAGUAAUGUUAUUGUUGUGAUGGUCAACAGACCUGUUCAUAUUCAAUGAGGUGUCUCCAACCAGUCGGCCUUUUUUUUUUUUUUUUUAACCUUUAUCACUUCAGGCCAGAUAAACAGUCACAUGCACAGAUGCCCAGUAUAACCAAAGACCUGUUUGAAUUGUGUGCCAACAAGUAGAUCCUUCAGAGGACUUUACCAGUUACCAAUGGCGAAAGUUACCAGUAAGUCCAGCGAUCCCUCCAGUUCUAAGGUGUGGACAACUGCUGCUUUAAAUUCAGUCCAGCCUCUUUCACUAACUACCCUGUUGUACACUGUGGCAGUCUAAAACGUCUUCGCUCAUCAGCACUCUUCUCAUCUUGGUGUA